GGUAUGUUCCAAAGUGUAUUUCCGGUGUUGAGGUGUCAAGGAAAAUUGAUGUCACUGCUGACUACUGUCUGGAAGAUGAAUGUCAUUUGUAAUUGAAUUAUGUCAGGCUGUGUGCAGGUUUAGGAAAUGGUAGAUUUGGAUCGUUCAAAAAAUUAGGGAUUUGUAGAUGAGCGUCUCCUGCUCGAUUUAAUGGAAGAAGAAUGCAGCAAAAACCAGACAGUAAUGAAUCAACCAGGCGUUAUUCCUGCUUGCGAAAAGUCAGCCACGGAAUAAUAUGGAGUCUAGAAACGGCCUUUUAUCACCUUGGGCAGUUUGUGGGCACAUAUCCUGUGCUGACCAUUGUGCUGAGUUUUGUAAUCUGUGGGAUUGCCUCCCUUGGAAUGGUCAACUUUAAAGAAACAGACAUAACGGAGAAAUUGUGGGUCCCUUCCUAUUCUCGCAUACAGGACGAGAAGAAAUGGAUGAUGGAAAACUUCCCUCCAGACACAAGAUUUGCUAAAAUAAUAGCAGUGGAAAACAACAUUCUGUCCCCACGAUCACUGAGUGCGAUGUUAGAUCUUUAUAACAAAGCAAUAUCAUUUCAUGAAAAUGGUUACUCCUAUAACCACAUGUGCUUAAGAGUUGGUUUUCACUGCAGAGUGAGCAGUAUUUUAGAAAUUUGGUCGUAUAAUAAAAGUACUAUCGCACACCUGACUUAUGAUGGCAUACUGAGAGAUAUAAACAGCAUAAAAUACAGCCCAAUGUACCACAACAGACUGGAUGUUACCACCAUGCUUGGGAAGGUUUUGUUUGACACAGAUGGUAACAUCAUAGCUGCAGAAGUGGCAUCCAUUUUGUUUCUUCUGAAGGACGAGGAGGAGAUGAGACCAGCAGCGAUGAAGUGGGAGACAGAAGUCAUACAGUUAGUGCAGAAAGGUCAUCCACACCUAAAGGAGACUUACAUAUACGCCACUCGUAGUUUUGACGAUGAAGGAUAUGGAGCAGUGAACGAAGACAUUAACCUACUCUCUGUUGGCAUCUGCAUUGUCCUCAUCUUUGUCAUCAUAACUCUUGGGAGGUUUAAUCUUGUAGAGCAUAAGCUGCUAUUGUCUCUGGCUGGACUUCUGAGUGUGGGGAUGUCCAUUGGUUUUGCGUAUGGCUUGGCCACCACCUUUGGAGUUAUUUAUGGUCCUGUACAUGCCAUCAUGCCUUUUCUCUUGCUUGGUAUAGGUGUAGAUGACAUGUUUGUCAUUGUGGAGGCCUGGAAAAAUCUAACCCCCAAGGAACAACAGCUACCUCUCCCCAAGCAGGUCGCCAUGACAAUGAAACAUGCUGGUGUGUCAGUGACCGUGACCUCUGUAACAGAUAUUGUGGCCUUCGCAAUUGGAGCUUCAACUGUGAUUCCUGGUCUGAGUGCGUUCUGUAUCGAUGCGGCCCUAGGGAUUUUGGCUCUGUUUAUCUUGCAGUCGACAUUUUUUGUGGCGUGUUUGACUCUGGAUCAGAAACGAAUCGAGGCUCAAAGGGACGCCAUUUUGUGUUGUGUAGCCUACAAAAGCUUUGAACCCAAUAAAUGCAGUCAGAAAAAUUUUCUGGCUUUAGCGUUUAAGAAAUAUUUGGGACCAUUCUUCAUGAGGACUCCAGUCAAGGUAAUAGUGAUGAUUGUGACCUUUUCUCUGCUGGGGGUCAAUAUUUACGGCUUCUACCACCUGAAGCAGGACUUUGAUCUUGUGAUGUAUAUACCCUCGGAUUCCUACGCUCACCAGUUUGCUAAGGCCCAAGAGAAGUAUUUCCCUGACAGAGGAGUAGAAGUCAAUGUUUACUGUGGCGACAUACAUUAUGGUUCCAGUCAGAAGAUCUUGAACGAAAUGCUGGCAAAAAUCGGCUCAGAUCCGGGGGUGGAAAAUGGAACAGUUAUAAGCUGGUUUCCAGCCUUUGAAGCUUGGCUGAGGAGCUUGAACAACUCGAAACUGGCUAAAUAUAAUCAUUACCCAUACGAUGAGUUGGAGUUCGAUUCCCUGGCCCUGAGGUUUGUAGAACAGACACCAGUGGGACGGGCCUUCAGGAGAUUUAUGAAGUUUGAUAAAACAAUUAACCCUCCAAUUCUCAAGGCGAUGUACUUCUCACUGAGACACACCAGUCAGUCAAACUCUCAGGCAGAAAUCGAUGCCAUGGAAAAUUUACGAAAAAUCACAGACAAUGCAGGACUUCCUGUGGGGAUGUGUUUCCCGUACUGUCCUGAAUAUCUAACGUAUGAAACCAAUAAAGUUUUACAAGUAGAGUUAUACCGUAAUUUGGCAUUGGCAGGGGCAUGUGUGUUUUUUGUGACCCUAAUUCUGAUCGCCAACGUGUUGACCAGCAUGAUAGUAUUUACCUGUGUCAUCUUCACCCUGGUGGAUGUGGCAGGGACGAUGUACUUCUGGGGUGUUACCAUAGAUACCGCCAGUAGUAUUCUGCUGACCUUGUGCGUUGGUCUGGCUGUAGAUUACUCUGCUCACAUCGGACACACAUUCAUGACCGUCUC